AUGCAGCCAUUCCUCUCCGGAGAAACAACCCUUGCCCUCCUCCUCACCGUCUUGACCCUCCUCUUCUUUGCCGCAGCAGGGGAUGAACAUCCCUAUGAGCCAUAUCACCACCGCAGCAACCUUCCACUUCCCGCUGAAGCCGGCCUUUCCAGCGUGGACCUUGCAAGUGAACAACCGCAACCGCAGAUCCAGAGGAAGCAGGAGUUAAUGGUCCGGUUGAAUGGUCUGCAAACCCACUGUAGUGGUGAGGACCACCAAAGGGUGGUAACAGCAAAAGAAGAAGAACAUCAGAGAAGAUCGUCAGAGAUGGUGGUGGUGAAAAGACAUAUGGGACCACGGGGGGCUAUUUCUUUCCAAGCAAACACCACCACAAAGAAGCCACCACCACGCCUCUCAACAUCAUCAACAUUCAUCACAUCCCGCCUCCUCCGACCACCAAGGAACUUGCAGAUCUUGGCAGCAUUACCAAGUCAUGGUGGUCGUCGUCGGAGCCUUCUUCACACUGCUACAGCACCACCUCUGUCCACAGUCCUGCUCAAGUCGUCAGGGGCAGGGGCAGCAGAUAUGAGCUGGUUGCUUGAGGCAUUGUUGGGGUUAUGGUUAGUAUUAUUACCUUUGGCAACGACGAAAAAGACGACAUCAUCGCUGCGAUGUCCGACGACAAAAAGGAGUAAAAGGAGGAAGAGGAGUGUAAAGUUCGUUGCUGUUGAUGAUGGUGGUCAUGAUGGUGACCAUGAUGAACAGCAGCAGCAAAUUGGACAAACAAGGCAAAAACGAGAAAGCUGUGGUGGUGGUGGUGGUGGUGAGGAAAAGAAGACUGAUGAACUUCAGCAGCAGCAGCAGCAGCUUCAGGAUUUGGGUUUGGGUUUGACAAGAAGCGUUGGUGAGAGGGUGGUUAUGAUAGUAGCACGGCAAGAAUUAGAACUACCUGGUUAUGAACCACCCAUCCCCGUGGUCUUCCAGGUUUGGUGA